UUAUUGAUUGAAACCAAACCAGGAUUUCCCAUUCUUAUUCCUUUCCUUCUUUGUCUCUCCUCAUCUUCUCCACCAAAUCUCUCUCUCUCUCUAAAUCUCUCUCUUCUUUACCGGUUCUAUCUGAUGGCGAUUGCUGCAGAGACCCAACCUCAAGACAAGGCAAGUACAGAGGUGGCGGCGACGGAGAAAAGGAGAUGGACACUUAAUGAUUUCGAUAUAGGGAAGCCACUUGGGCGAGGAAAGUUUGGACAUGUCUAUUUAGCAAGAGAGAAAAGGAGCAAUCAUAUUGUGGCUCUUAAGGUGCUCUUUAAGAGCCAGUUGCAACAGUCGCAAGUUGAACAUCAGCUCCGACGCGAAGUUGAAAUUCAAAGUCAUCUUCGACAUCCCAACAUUUUGCGCCUUUAUGGUUACUUUUAUGAUCAAAAGCGGGUUUAUCUGAUACUGGAGUAUGCAGCGAAGGGGGAACUCUACAAAGAACUGCAGAAGUGUAAAUACUUUAGUGAAAGACGUGCUGCUACGUAUGUGGCAUCAUUGGCUCGGGCCCUCAUUUAUUGCCAUGGCAAGCAUGUAAUACACAGAGACAUCAAACCAGAGAACCUUUUGGUUGGUGCACAGGGAGAGCUCAAGAUUGCAGAUUUUGGUUGGUCAGUGCACACAUUUAACCGAAGACGGACAAUGUGUGGUACAUUGGAUUACCUGCCCCCUGAGAUGGUGGAAAGUGUAGAGCAUGAUGCUAGUGUUGAUAUCUGGAGUCUUGGGGUUUUGUGUUAUGAGUUUUUAUAUGGUUCUCCUCCUUUUGAGGCCAAAGAACACUCAGACACUUACAGAAGGAUUGUGCAAGUAGAUCUUAAGUUCCCUCCAAAACCCAUUGUUUCUUCUUCUGCCAAGGACCUUAUUAGCCAGAUGCUUGUCAAGGAUUCUUCACAGCGCCUGCCACUACACAAGCUACUUGAGCACCCCUGGAUUGUUCAGAAUGCGGAUCCUUCUGGUCUCUAUAGGGGUUAAUCUGCUUCAUCAAAUGUCAUCUGAUUAAAUCAUGGUUUAGUAUUCUAAAUGGAAAUCUCACAAGAGCUCUAUGGUUGGAUUGUCAGAACUGGAUCCCUCCCUGUGAACGACUUCUGGAAACGAAAUGUGCCAGACAGACCUGUUCUUAUGAGUUCAUUGCACAUGGUGUCUCUUAAGCUUUGUGGAAUGAGAAUCAUUGCUUUAUUGAAUUAUGUUAAUUCAUUUGUACGUUUUGGUAUCCCACAAUUAGUAAAAGCAUAUGUGUUUUUAUA